CAGGAAAAUGCUGUAACCUUUGUUUUUCUUCUCUUGUCUUGAAGAACAAUUAAUUUGCAAAUUUGAUUUGCAGUAAAGAAAAUGUCGAUAUAAUUUAGUGCUACGCGCGUACGAGAAGUUUGAAGGCACGUGUCGGUGUCGUGACGUGACUGCCUUACUUACCGCGUGUGCAGUAGUAGCGCACUUAGCUACUGCCUUCAAGUUCUUCCUUCUUUGGACCCAAAGACCUCUGUGAUACCAUAAUUUCCCUCAAAUAUCUCAAAUCCAGCGACACGAUGCUGAGGACAGCAUCAGCACAGGUAUUCAGACAGCUGGUUAGACAUGUAACAACAGACUCGAGUCUCGUCCUUGAGCGAUCAAUAAACAGGGUUCAAAUUUUGGGUCGGGUUGGGCAAGAUCCUCUGAUGCGACAGGUGGAUGGCCGGAACCCUGUCACCAUUUUUUCAGUGGCAACCAAUGAGAUGUGGCGGUCAGGAGAGGGAGAGGCCACACAAGGAGAUGUUAGUCAAAAGACUACAUGGCACCGAAUUUCAGUGUUCAAACCAGGCCUGAGGGAUAUUGCCUACCAGUAUGUGAAAAAAGGGUCCCGGGUACUUGUAGAGGGAAAGCUCGACUAUGGGGAGUAUGUGGACAAAAACAAUGUUCGGCGACAAGCUACCACCAUUAUAGCAGACAACAUUAUCUUUCUAAGUGAGAACAUUCGAGAAAGAAUAUAAUAGAAGUUCUAUUUCUGUAGAAAAACAGAAGACAGAAGAUUGAUUUCCAUGUCUUUUCUGUAAUUUAACUGACCUUGACACUUUGUGUCUGUCUAGUCCUCUGAUGGCAAGAAGAUCAGUCUUGCUGUGAUGUUUGGAACAUGCCCAUGUAAUCUCUCACAAUUAGUAUUUAGUUUAACUUUUUGUCUUUUGUUAAUUGAAUUGUCUAAUUUCAAGAGUAGUGCACAGCUAAAAGUAUCAAAAGCUGAUCUUUUAAGUGCAGCCUUGACAGCUGCCCUUAUUAAUCAUAACAUUUGUAUGUCACAGUUGCUUUUGAAGGAAAUGGUUAAUUCGAUUUAAAAAUCAGUGUACCAAAACAGUUUUUAGGGUUUUUUUUUUUUUUUUUUUUUGUGUUCAUUAGCACAUCCUUUCCCUGAAAGAGAGAAAAAAACAUGUUAUGUUUGUUAUUCAUACAUUCUUUAUUGGUAUUAGCAAAAGUUUGUACUUUUCUAUUAAAGUUGUAUGGUUUAAUAAUCUUAAGUUUUUAGUAGCCAUUCCUUUGCUUGUACAUGACAGAACAUUAAAAAGUAUUUACAUUAAAAAUGUUUUUUUUUUUUUUUUUAAGGAACUGGGCCAAAUCUGUGAAGGGUUUUAAAGAAGGGGCCUGAUGUUGGACCCUUCGGUGAAAUAUUUCUGAAUUGUUAGAGUA